AUGCCAGUAACUCACAUGAACUUUUUGGAACAUUUUAAUGCACUGAUGAUCCCAGAGUGGAAGAAGCAGUAUGUUUCUUAUGAGGACUUGAAUGAUAUGCUUUCCAAGGAAGACAAACAAGACAUCUUGCAUGAUAACUACAGUUAUCAAAACCAGUCAAACCUAGUGUGUAAGGAGUUCUUCGCAACAUGUGACAAAGAGCUGAUGAAGGUGAAUCUUUUCUGUUCAGAAAAGCUAUCAGAGGCAUGUGAGAAGAUGGCCUCAUUUGGAAUCAUUGCUCAUGAUGGUUCAGUACCAGGGCUGGUAGGAGGAUAUGUCAUAGUCCACUCAGAGGCACAGAGACACAUGAACAGGAAAAAGACUGAACUACGUAAACUCAAAAUGGCUGUUGGAGAACUAUAUCUGAGUCUGGCCUUUCUCCAAAGCUACCAGGAACUGAACUACAAAUGUUUCUGUAAGAUCACCAAGAAGUAUGAUGCUAUGUUUGCAUCUCAGCAUGGUUCACAGUGGAGAGAUGAAAGACUGGACACCUCUUUCCUAUAUACAGUGAAGAGCCACUGUGAGCAAAUGAUGUUUAGACUGGAGACAUUCAUGCUUCAGCUUGAGGGUGGCAACCAACAGAAAGCUAUGAGAAGGCUUGAAGUCCCACAAAGGGGAAUAGAACAAACAGUUGGACAGUGGAUAACUUUUCGGAUCGGUGUCUCCUGUGGUCUCACGGUUGCCCUGCUAGCAUUUAUUGCUAUUAAAGUGUUGAAUGAACCAGACCUAGACCAUCUGAAGCCCCUGAUUCAGCUCUACAGAGGAAGCUUUCUGCUGAUUGAGUUCCUUCUCCUCAUGGGCCUAAACAUAUAUUGCUGGCGGAAAUCUGGAAUCAAUCAUGUCCUCAUCUUCGAGCUGGGCCCCAGACAUCAUUUAUCACAUCAUCACAUUUUUGAGGUGGCAGGACACCUGGCUGUAUGCUGGUGUGCUAGCGUGCUGGCCUGUCUACACCCGUUUCUCCUGUCAAUCCCACAGCAGCUUCACCCCCUUUUCUUCCACGUUCUUCUGCUGCUCCUGCUGUUAAACCCCACUGCUGCUUGUCAUGCUCAGUCUCGUCGAUGGCUCCUAGCUGUGAUGUGUAAGGUCCUGACUGCACCUUUCCAGCCCACUGGCUUUGCAGAGUGCUGGCUAGCAGACCAGCUCAACAGUCUGAGUCCUCUGAUACUGAGCUUGUGGGACCUGCUGGGCUUCUACAUCUCAAAGAUAAACUGGGUAGACCUGCAGCCUGGUGGCUCUCUGUACAGAGAGAGCAUGGACUGGGAGAGGCACAGUAAAGUAGCCACAUGUCUACUUCAGUGUUUCCCUCCAUGGCUGAGGUUUGCUCAGUGCGUCAGGCACUUCUGGAGCAGUGGACACUCCAUCCACCUUCUAAACGCUGGCAAAUACUCCACUGUCUUUCUCAUGGUCACCUUCGCAGGUCUCUACAAUACAGCAAGAGAGAGUGCUGGUCUGGCCACGGAGGUGAGUGUGUAUCUGUACCUGUGGGCCAUGGCCACGUGUAUCAGUGUGGUAGUGACUGUGAGCUGGGACCUAAGGAUGGACUGGGGACUGCUCAGGGGAAACGGCCUUCUGAAGGAACAGCUAGUGUACUCACGAGAGGUGUAUUACUAUGCAGCUAUGUUAGCAGAUGUGCUACUGCGGCUCUCCUGGGCUAUAAAUAUCCUCCUGGCUCAGAUGAAGGACUCAGAUGCUGCUUCUGUUAGUUCUCUGCUGGCUCCUCUGGAGGUCCUCAGGCGUUCUAUCUGGAACCUCUUUCGUCUAGAAAAUGAACACCUGCGAAAUUGUGAGCAGUGUCGAGCUGUGCGAGACUUUGAUUUUCUCGUCAUGCAGGAAAACUCAGAACAGUAA